CUUGGAUUUAAAUGUGCCCAGUUGGAUUUUUUUCUUUUUCUUUUUUCAAGGAAGAUUGCAAUCCUUUUUUGGUGUCGUACCCUAAUUUUAGUAUGUGAAGUGUUUGGUUAUCCGUUGCUUUUAAGGGUUGUGGUAAUCUUUGUUUUUGGGUACUGAUCUCUGUAAAAGGUGGUGGUGGGAAGGUUUGGAUGAGUUUGAUGUUAUUUGUUGUUUGGGAUUAGGGUUUUCUGACAUUCUGAGAGGGGAGAGAAUAUUGAUUGUUCUCUCUCCAGAAUUGUUGUUGUUUUUGUGUUUGGGUGUUUCUGUUUUUUUGAUGGCUUUGCCGAGUAUGGUUUGAUUUGAACACGGAGGUUUGAUUUGGGGAUGGUGAGUUGAAAUUUUUUGUGGGUUGUUGUCUCCCUGAAUUCUUCUGUUUUUGCUUGGAGGAUCAAUUUUUCGAGAGGGAAAAUCAUCAAAACGAGUUAAAGAAAGAGGGCGGAAAUACGCUAAAAAGAAAUGAAUUGCUUUUCUUGUAUGAACCCUAAGUUCAAAGAUGUUGAUUUUGAUGAAGAUAUGAGCCCAAGAUCCAUUGACUCCUCAGUUGCUGGGAGGGGAAAGCAAAAAGUCAAUGAUAAUGAGAGUGUAAAGAAGGGAGGCUUUGUGAAAGCAAAAGGCAAAGACAGCAAGGACAAUGUGGCGACCUGCUUCUCGUUCAAGGAGCUCUCUCUGGCCACACAGAACUUUAAGGAGGCUAAUUUGAUUGGCGAAGGCGGUUUUGGAUGCGUUUACAAAGGCCGCCUAGAAUCUGGCAUGAUUGUUGCUGUAAAGCAACUCAAUCAUGAAGGGCUUCAAGGGAAUCAAGAAUUCGUCGUAGAGGUUCUUAUGCUAAGUCUGCUGCACCAUCCCAACCUUGUGAACCUGAUCGGGUAUUGUUCCGACCGUGACCAGCGGCUUUUGGUUUAUGAGUUCAUGCCAAUGGGUAGUCUGGAGAAUCACCUAUUUGAUCUUGAACCCAAUCAGACGCCACUAAGUUGGAGCACGAGACUGAAGAUUGCAGUUGGUGCAGCUCGUGGUCUUGAAUUCCUCCACUGCAGAGCAAAUCCACCCGUCAUAUACCGUGAUUUGAAGUCUUCAAACAUACUGUUGGACAACGACUACAAUGUUAAGUUAUCUGAUUUUGGACUUGCCAAACUAGGACCCGUCGGGGACAAGACUCACGUCUCUACACGGGUGAUGGGAACCUAUGGAUAUUGUGCUCCAGAGUAUGCAAUGAGCGGCAAGCUGACGCUGAAAUCAGACAUCUAUAGCUUUGGCGUCGUCCUCUUGGAGCUUAUCAGCGGGCGCAGGGCUAUGGACUUCAGUAAGAAACCCGGAGAGCAGAAUUUGGUUGUCUGGUCUCGUCCAUUCCUGAAAGACCGAAAGCAAUUUGUCCAAAUGGUGGAUCCGCUGCUAGAAGGGCGAUACUCGGUGAAGAGUCUGCAGCAGGCUGUUUUAAUAACCUCACUGUGCAUCCACGAACAAGCAAACGUCCGCCCCAACAUCACCGAAGUUGUUCAUGCGCUCGAGUACUUGGCCACUCAGGCAGACACCUCGCGUAAGGGCAGAUCUCAAGUUCCGGCAUCACCGCUCCGUCUCAUGUAGAAAGAUCUGAACAUGUCCCAUUCUUCUUACAAGACAAAGAUCUUGACAAAGUUCACCUCAAAAUGACUUUGAUCGCAUUAUUACAGUGGUGUUCUCAGAAAAGAUUGCAAGUCAUGAUGUUUUUACGUUACUUUUGUUGUUAGGCAAAAUACACACAAUAUGUUGCCCA